AUGUUGUGGGAGGUCCCUGAGGCCUCUGAGGUCGUUCGUGUAUGUUGAACGGUUGUGGGAGUCUUGCUGCUUUGGGUAGGGGGUUAAAAUCGUUUCUUGAGAGGAACGACUCUGUCCGAAGAGAUAAUGAGUUUAGCUCUGAGAAGUGAGCUUGUAGUAGACAAAACAAAGAGGAAAAAAAGAAGAGAACUGUCUGAGGAACAGAAACAAGAAAUUAAAGAUGCUUUUGAACUAUUUGAUACAGACAAAGAUGAAGCGAUAGAUUAUCAUGAAUUAAAGGUGGCAAUGAGAGCCUUGGGGUUUGAUGUAAAAAAAGCUGAUGUACUGAAGAUUCUUAAAGAUUAUGACAGAGAAGCCACAGGGAAAAUCACCUUUGAAGAUUUUAAUGAAGUUGUGACAGACUGGAUAUUGGAAAGAGAUCCCCAUGAAGAAAUACUCAAGGCAUUUAAACUAUUUGAUGAUGAUGAUUCAGGUAAAAUAAGCUUGAGGAAUUUGCGACGUGUUGCUAGAGAAUUGGGUGAAAACAUGAGUGAUGAAGAGCUUCGAGCUAUGAUAGAAGAAUUUGACAAAGAUGGUGAUGGAGAAAUUCUUAAGAACAUACUCUUGCUUCCUAUUUGGUCUAGAUGCCUCAGUCUGAAUCGGGGGUUCUUCAGUGAAGUAAACCAAGAGGAGUUCAUUGCUAUUAUGACUGGUGACAUUUAAAGAAUUACAAGGAUAAACACUAAGAAUGUUGCAGUUAUCAUCUUAUAUUCUAUUUUUGUGCCUGGAGCCAUUUGAAAAAAACCAACUUAGUUCUUUUAUCCAAAAGGACCAAAAAUAAGCAUCUUAUGUAUUUGUAUUUUACUACUGUUAAGUUUCUUUGUAUGAAGUAUGUUGUUAGUACUCAGAUAGUUUAGCUUUGUAUUUAUAAUAGAGAUUUUAUAUAAAGUUUUUAAAAAUUGAAUAUGUGAUAUGUGUUCUUUGAAGGUUUUUUAAUUUAACAUUAAUAGUCACUUUUAUUUUGGUGCACACGUUUUCCAGACUUUCAUUAAUAAAAUGCUUAUUUUAUUAAUAUUUUAAAGUUUGGUAAAUUUGUUUUUAUUCCUAGUAUCUGUUAACCCUCAAGAGUGUAUUUCUUAAAUCUCCUCUUUAUAAUUUUACUAGUUUCUGAAACAAAAAUUGAAAUACAAAUAGCAAUAGAAUGGCACAUUUUUCCAUUACCUAACAUUUCAUCAAUUUUGACAGUCUAUAUUUUAAUACAAGAUGACUCAAUAUAAGCCUAAUCCCUUUUUAAGAGUCCUGUCUUUGAGUUUAGAGGGAAUAAGUAUUGUGCAGAUAGACCCAUUUAUCCUUGUGUAUUAUGUUUCUUAACUCUUUUGGUAUCAAUGUAAGUAUGAAAGUUAAUUUUUUUCUGAAUAUUUCCUCAAACGAAUUGAAUGAAUACAAUUUGAAUUCUCUAA